AGAUUGUAAACCGGCCCUGUUUUUUCUCUAGGUGACGUCAGUGCAGUGGAUGACAUAAUUUAUGCCGUGAUGCGUCAUGACGCUAGCUUCUGAUUUCGGUCCUGAGCACGGGGCGUCCUCUAUGGUGCGUUAACUCCCCUAGAGCGCCUCGUAUCCUUCCGGAGGUGGCCCCGCCUUUGAGGCGGGGCAAAGAAAAGCCGAUUUUGGCGGGAAUUGAAAGGUUGCUAGAGUGAAGAGAAGCAACAAUGCAGGCAUUUCUGAAAGGUCCAGUCAGUGCUAAACCUCCCUCUACUAAAGAACGGGGAGCUGCUGCAACUGCAGGAAGCAGUGGGGAGAGCAAGAAACCCAGACCCAUUCCUUGGGUUGAAAAAUACCGUCCAAAAUGCAUGGAUGAAGUUGCAUUUCAAGAGGAAGUUGUGGCAGUACUGAAGAAAUCCUUACAGGGAGUUGAUCUUCCCAACCUCUUGUUCUAUGGCCCUCCUGGAACUGGGAAAACAUCUACUAUUUUGGCAGCAGCUAGAGAACUCUUUGGUCCUGAAUUGUUCCGGCAGAGAGUCCUUGAAUUAAAUGCAUCUGAUGAACGUGGAAUACAAGUCAUUCGAGAGAAAGUCAAGACUUUUGCCCAAUUAACAGUAUCAGGAAAUCGUUCAGACGGCAAACCAUGUCCGCCUUUUAAGAUCAUAAUCCUGGAUGAGGCAGAUUCUAUGACCUCGGCAGCUCAAGCGGCUUUAAGGCGCACCAUGGAGAAGGAAUCUAAGACCACACGAUUCUGCCUUAUCUGUAAUUACAUCAGCCGAAUCAUUGAACCAAUUACAUCUCGAUGUUCCAAAUUUCGUUUCAAGCCACUUUCCGACAAAAUCCAACGUCAGAGACUUCUAAACAUAGCUGAAAAAGAAAAUGUGAUGAUCAACAAUGAGGCAAUCGAUUACCUUGUUCAUGUGGCAGAAGGAGAUUUGAGGAAAGCAAUCACACUUCUUCAGAGCGCUACACGACUGACAGGGGGAAAAGAAGUGACAGAGAAAAUUGUCAUUGAAAUUGCAGGGGUUGUCCCCAAAGAAAUAUUGGAUGGGCUGCUGAGUGCCUGUCAAAGUGGCUCUUUUGAAAAGCUGGAAGUUGUAAUGAAGAAUGUGAUCAGUGAAGGCUAUGCAGCUACUCAACUGAUAAAUCAGCUUCAUGAUAUCAUCGUUGACAAAGAAGACCUCAAUGACAAGCAAAAAUCUGUAAUUGUAGAGAAAUUAGCUGAAGCAGACAAGUGCUUGGCAGACGGCUCCGAUGAGUUCUUGCAGUUGAUCAGCGUCUGUGCAGUCAUGAUGCAGCAAAUAAUUCAGAAUAGCUAACUGCAGGGGACAAGUGGCCUUUUGAUGGCCAUCGCAGAUCUUUUCUCUGCAGUUUUGGCACAGUUUGCAAACUGUUCUGUAAAUAUAGACUUUGCUUUGGAUUUUCAUCUUCUCGCUUUCAUUUUAGCUUUUUUGGUUCAGGUCCAAGCUACUGAGGGAAGGAAGAAUCAAAGCUUUUUUUCCUGCUAUACAUACAUACAUUAUACAAGCCAUCUGGUGAUCAUGUGUUUAUAUAGUAAGUUAAAACAGGGGUUCCCAACCUAUGGGCUGCAGCUCACUACCAGGCCAUGGCCUAGUCACAACUGCGCUGGUAUGCAUACACAGCCCAAAUCACACAAGCGGCAGGCACUGGUGUGAGGGGUGGGUGUGCGCAUCUGCUGCUCACACAAAAGAUAUGCAUAUAUGGACCUGCCCCUCACACAAAACCAUGCCCUCCUCUCCCCCCCCCCCGCCAAAACGCUGGGCUGCCAACCCAGAAAGGUUGGGGAAUGCGGUGUUAAAACAAGCUAUGGUUAAGUGGUCAUUACACUAGAGCCAGUUUGAUAAUAGUGACUAAAGGCCUAGAAACUGGGAGACCAUGAGUCUAGUCCCACCUUAGGCACAAAAGCUAGCUGAGUGCCUUAGGCCAGUCACACACACUCAACCCUAGGAAAUGGCAAACCACUUCUGACUUCUUCCCAGGAAAACUGUACUUACCUUGAGCCAACACUGACUGAAAGGCACAUACAUGCAAACCAUGUAAUUUG